AUGACAUGGGUAUCCUCUAGCCCGUUGUUGCUGGUACCGCUCCCGAAAGGCUUUGUUGAUUUUGCAACCGUCCCGCAAACUCCCCUAUUGGCAAUUGCUACCGACACAGCACUACUCAUUCACCACGCCAGUUCACUUGUGCCGAUCAGUGUGCACGAGAGAAGCAGUGAAUGCCUUGAAAGCCAUGGCAGAAGUGUCCAAAUCAACGUAAGACAGGUUUCUGUCGAUACAUCUCGCCUAGAUCAGCUCCAUGCUACGAACGUAUUUGUCCAGACUGAAUCCAAUUACAUUUUGGUGUACCAUCUUUUGAUCAACUACUCAAAGUCCCUAUACGAGAUCCAUGAUAAGAAAAAUGACGAUGAACUUUUACAGAAUUCGUUGCCCCUUGCUCUGCUGUCAAAGUUUUCCUUGACAUCACUACUCAAGUCAGCUACAAAAUCAAUACUUCAAGGGGGGCUGAAUAUUGUCAAUCUCGAGAACGUUGAACACUUCAAUAACAGUACAAACGACGACGAGCAGCGUAAUGAUGUCAUACCCUUGGUCAAGGUAUCGUUAGUGAAAAUUUUAAAGAUGAACGGUGUUAUCAAAAGUCUUUGGUGCAAGCUGAAUUCUCAGACAUUGCUUUUCCAUAACGAUAACGAAGAAAUCCAGGUGCUCAAUUUGAAGACACAAAGGUGUGAGGUAUUCAAGUUGGAUGACUAUGAAUGGUUUGAACCGCACUCGUUGGUGCUGUACGAUUUGACGAAGAAUCAUUUUGUGUUCGUCAAUACAUCAAUGAACGUUCUGCUCGUUGAAAUUGCUCAUGAAGAAGACGACACAUUGUAUCUCAAGAGAAUUGCACUCCUCAAACUUGAUAAACCUGCUAAGUCAAUUCAACAUAAUCCACAAUUCGAUUUGUUUCUUAUCGAAACAGACGAUUCUUAUGAUCUAUACAAGAUAGAUUAUUUGGGUAAAAAGCACUCAAUGGCAUUCAUUAAACGAGUCGUCACCUCAAAAAAUCUGACGAGCUGUCAUUGGGCUCCUUGCGGAUCAUUCUUUGUCGUUACCGAUCUUAAAAAUGGUUAUUGGAAGCUUAUAUCAAAAUUUGGAGCCACGCUAUUUGACUCAGAAGCCAUCCAGUCUGACUUCAACAAAACUGAAAACCUGGGCUUGAAGCAACUUUUCGACUUUUGCCGCUCAUCUAAAGUUCUCGUGUCUCCCAGCUCACUAGCGUUGUACAUAAUUGACAGCCAAAAGAAAAAUGUCCAUUUCAUCCUGUUAAUCUCAUCUCAGGAUUUGCUAGGUGAUGCUGUUCUUCAUGACCAAACAAAUGUUUCACUACUUGAAGCUGACUAUUCAUUCCAUAAAGUACCAUUGAUACCACACUAUCAGAGGGUGUUGACAAAGUAUCAUCAUAUCAAUGGUACUUCAAAAAGACUUUCAAGUAGAAAGCCCACUGCACACUUCAUUAUCCGAAAGAAUUUUGCAAAUCAGUUGUCUGUAUCUUAUGGAGAUAGAAUUUCCGUAAGUACCCCAAUUUCACGUGGACUGGAGGCUCAACAUGCACUUUGGUACAACUUUGUGAAUCAUCAUAUGGAGUCAAUGAAUAUCAUCAAUCACCACUGGCUUGGCGGCAACCUUGUGUUGAUCAACAGGUUCGUUAGAGAUGACAUAGAUGAUGAUGGAACUGUUGACUUGAUGGCAGAUGAAGUAGUUGUUAUGAAAACAGCGCUAUCCAGACUUGGAUCUGGUGGUGUAAAUUUCAGACUUGACACAGAUUUAAUUGUAUGGAGACAUCACUUCAAGGCAAAAAUUUUGAAUGCAGAUAUUCAGAAUGACGAAGAAAACUUCUCUAAAUUACUCGUUUUGAUUACAGGGGAUCUGAAGAUUGUCAUCAUUGAGUUUAACAAGCUAGGAGGCAAUGAAGAUAACAAACUAGGCAUUAGCAUUCGCCGGUCUAUUCACUUGUCUAGUAUUCAGCAUAAACUUGCAAUUCCAUUGAUUGCCAAGAUGGUAAUGGCGCAACAAAGACACUUUUUUUUCCUUCUUUCCAACGGUGACUUAUUCUUGCUCAAAAACCAACAUCUUGAAGGGGAUAAUGCUCCUACUGGUAGGGGCCUGACACAAACGAAUAAUAUGUAUGAGUUGGUGAAGAUUUGCAACGCUGUUGAGACGAUUCACAUGAACAACAUAGAUUUCGGAUGUGGCAAAGUAAUUCCUCAUCUCACUGUCAAGACUGGAGAUGAGAUAUUGAUAUACAAGACACAAGAGCUUGUUGACUCUGUCUAUACCUUUGAAGGAGUUGCAAAACACCCUGGUAUUGAAGUUGAACAAUCGUUGCGUCCCAUUAAGGUUUGCCUUUCGUCCAUGCAAGCUCUCAAAACGCAACAGGUUGAUGGCGCGAUAGAGGUCACAGGAUUUGAAUACCAGACAAUAAUUAAGAAUGAACAUCUUAUCGUCAAGCACAGACCUAGCAGGCAGUUAAUUCUGAACAAAUUUAUACAGCAUGACCUAUUCGAAAGCAAUUUGGAGGUGACAAAUAUUGUUAACACAUACAAACAUAUUCCGAACUUUGACUACUGUCUCGAGCUACUUUUAUUUGACUUCAUUGAUGAGCAGUCCGACUCUGCAUUCGAGAGAGUGAUGAGACUCGUGAGCAUCACAGACAAGGCUGACAAUAUCUACGUCAAUCUUUUACGAAAAAUUGAAAUAUGCUAUUGGCACAAGUUCUUCAAGCUUCUCAAUGAGACCCCGCUCAAUUUCAUGAACAGAUUGAUCAAGUCUCAGGAUGUGGAACUUUGCUACAACUACCUCAUAGUAUAUUUGAACUUCAAGAGAGAGUACGAAUCGGCGGAAACCCCUGAGGACGAUCAAGCCCUACUUGACUCGAAGGAUCGACAAAUUAUUCUUCGUAUAAUUGAUCUUUUAAAAAGUUCUGAAAGUUGGGACCACUGCUUCGAAUUGUGCAGAUUUGUGAAGCUACUAGAGCCAUCCGGCGAGCUUCUUCAGCAAAUGCGCACCCAUAUUCAGUGA